AUGGCAUUCCCGGGCGGGCGGGCCGGACGGGCGCGCGGGCGGGGACUCGGCGCGGGCGCCCUCCCGGCCGGCGGCGGCAGCCCCUCCCCGGAGCCCUCAGGACCCCCGAGGACACCCCCGGUGCCGGCGGCGGCGGCGGUGAGUGAGCGCGCCGGGACCGGGGCGCAGGGCUCCGCGGGCCGGGCGGGUUCUGGGGCUGCGUCCGCUGCGCGCGGGGCCCGUGCUCAGCCCGCCACGGCCAGAGGCGCUGGCAGCGGCUGGGGUCGGGCCGGGCGCGGGGUCCAGGCCUGGGACCGGGGCCGGGCGAGUCCCCGCCCGGGGCGUCCGGACUUUCCUUCCCGGAGUUUCCCGAGCCACCCGCGGAGGCGGCCCAGCCCGGGAUUCCUAACCCGGCGCGCCGCAAAAAUAGCCCAGGGCCGGAUUAGCACGUCCCGGCGGCCUGACCGGGCCGGACAGCUCGGCUCCAGCCCCCGCCCAACAGCUGAGGGUCCUGGGAGCGGGCGGGCUCGGAGUCUGGGGGUGUCCCCAGGCUCCUCCGAGCUGUGCCCUCCCCCCCUUGACGUUUUCCGUCCCGGCCGCCACCGAGAAGUGCAACUCUACGGCCUUGUUCACUCCAUCACCAUCUUCAGGUCUUUGCUAGAUGUCACCUUCCAGGGAGACAUCCGUGCCCCAGCAACCCCUCCUCACUGUGACCCCACGGCGCAGCCCCUGAGACGCCAGGCUUUCCUGCGGAGCGUGAGUAUGCCUGCCGAGACGGCCCACAUCCCCGUGUCCCACCAUGAGCUCCGGCGGCCGGCGCUGCAGCGCCAGACGUCCAUCACGCAGACCAUCCGCAGGGGCACCGCGGACUGGUUCGGAGUGAGCAAGGACAGUGACAGCACCCAGAAGUGGCAGCGGAAAAGCAUCCGCCACUGCAGCCAGCGCUACGGAAAGCUGAAGCCCCAGGUCAUCCGGGAGCUGGACCUGCCCAGCCAGGACAACGUGUCUCUGGCCAGCACUGAGACGCCCCCUCCGCUGUACGUGGGGCCAUGCCAGCUGGGCAUGCAGAAGAUCGUAGACCCCCUGGCCCGGGGCCGGGCCUUCCGCGUGGCGGAUGACACGGCCGACGGCCUGAGUACGCCGCACACGCCUGUCACGCCUGGUGCCGCUUCCUUCUGCUCCUUCUCCAGCUCCCGCUCGGGCUGCAGCCGGUUCCCGCGGCGACGCAAGCGCGAAUCGGUGGCCAAGAUGAGCUUCCGGGCAGCCGCGGCCCUGGUGAAGGGCCGCUCUGUCAGGGAUGGCACGUUGCGCCGGGCGCAGCGCCGAAGCUUUACUCCUGCCAGCUUCCUGGAGGAGGACACGGCUGACUUCCCCGACGAGUUGGACACAUCCUUCUUUGCCCGGGAAGGAGUCCUCCAUGAGGAGCUGUCCACGUACCCAGACGAGGUGUUCGAGUCCCCUUCAGAGGCAGCGCUCAAGGACUGGGAGAAAGCCACGGAGCAGGCCGACCUCACGGGUGGGGCCCUGGACCGCAGUGAACUUGAGCGCAGCCAUCUGAUGCUGCCCCUAGAACGAGGCUGGCGGAAGCAGAAGGAGGGUGGAGCAGCGGCCCCGCAACCUAAGGUGCGGCUACGGCAGGAGGUAGUGAGCACGGCGGGUCAGCGGCGGGGCCAGCGCAUCGCGAUGCCCGUGCGCAAGUUCUUUGCCAGGGAGAAGCGGCCGUACGGGCUGGGCAUGGUAGGCCGGCUCACCAACCGCACUUACCGCAAGCGUAUCGACAGCUAUGUCAAACGUCAGAUCGAGGACAUGGAUGACCACAGGCCCUUCUUCACCUACUGGCUCACCUUCGUGCACUCGCUCGUCACCAUUCUAGCCGUGUGCAUCUAUGGCAUCGCGCCUGUGGGCUUCUCGCAGCAUGAGACCGUGGACUCGGUCCUGCGGAACCGCGGGGUCUAUGAGAACGUCAAGUAUGUGCAGCAGGAGAACUUCUGGAUCGGGCCCAGCUCGGAGGCUCUCAUUCACCUCGGUGCCAAGUUCUCGCCCUGCAUGCGCCAGGACCCGCAGGUGCACAGUUUUAUCCGCGCCGCGCGGGAGCGUGAGAAGCACUCGGCCUGCUGUGUGCGCAAUGACCGGUCGGGGUGUGUGCAGACGUCGGAGGAGGAGUGCUCGUCCACACUGGCAGUGUGGGUGAAGUGGCCCUUACACCCCAGUGCCCCGGACCUUGCCGGCCACAAGAGGCAGUUUGGCUCUGUCUGCCACCAGGACCCCAGGGUGUGUGAUGAGCCCUCCUCAGAGGACCCCCACGAGUGGCCAGAUGACAUCACCAAGUGGCCGAUCUGCACCAAAAACAGCGCUGGGAACCACACCAACCACCCGCACAUGGACUGUGUCCUCACGGGCCGGCCCUGCUGCAUUGGCACAAAGGGCAGGUGUGAGAUCACCUCCCGGGAGUACUGUGACUUCAUGAGGGGCUACUUCCACGAGGAGGCCACACUGUGCUCGCAGGUGCACUGCAUGGAUGACGUGUGCGGGCUCCUGCCCUUCCUCAACCCUGAGGUGCCUGACCAGUUCUACCGCCUGUGGCUGUCCCUCUUCUUGCACGCUGGGAUCCUGCACUGCCUGGUGUCCGUCUGCUUCCAGAUGACCGUCCUGCGGGACCUGGAGAAGCUGGCAGGCUGGCAUCGCAUCGCCAUCAUCUACCUGUUGAGUGGUGUCACCGGUAACCUGGCCAGUGCCAUCUUCUUGCCAUACCGGGCAGAGGUGGGCCCAGCCGGCUCGCAGUUUGGCAUCUUGGCCUGCCUGUUCGUGGAGCUUUUCCAGAGCUGGCAGGUCCUGGCCCGGCCCUGGCGUGCCUUCUUCAAGCUGUCGGCUGUGGUCCUCUUCCUGUUCACCUUCGGCCUACUGCCCUGGAUCGACAACUUCGCUCACAUCUCGGGCUUCAUCAGCGGCCUCUUCUUGUCCUUUGCCUUUCUGCCCUACAUCAGCUUCGGCAAGUUUGACCUGUACCGCAAGCGCUGCCAGAUCAUCGUCUUUCAGGUGGUCUUCCUGGGCCUCCUGGCCGGCCUGGUGGUCCUCUUCUACUUCUACCCCGUCCGCUGUGAGUGGUGUGAGGUCCUCACCUGCAUCCCCUUCACUGACAAGUUCUGUGAGAAGUACGAGCUGGAUGCCCAGCUCCACUGAGUCGACCUGCGAGCCGUGUGUGCGGGCCGGCCCGUUUUCCUGAACACUCACCUCUUGUGCCUUGUUCGCCGCUGGUGAACGUCGUCUCGUACUUCGGGGCAUUUAUUAUACUAGUUCCCAUGAUUACCUUCUAACUAGUUUCUGGACGACCACCUCAUGUGGCCAAUAAAUGGACCGGGAGCGUUUUAGCUGCCACUAA